CGCAUAUUAUCUCGCAAAACCCCUCUCGACCCGAGGCUCACCCAAAAUGGCGCCCUUGACGCUCGACGAGAUGCCCACGCUGUCGCUGCUCUACAAGCUCAACAAGAUAGUGCCUGAGAAGAAGCAGUUUGACGUGCCACCCUCUGUCACGCUCAACGACAAGAUCAGCAUCAUUCGCCAAGACAUCACGACGCUCGCAGUCGAUGCUAUUGUCAACGCUGCGAACACGUCUCUUUUGGGUGGUGGUGGAGUGGAUGGAGCGAUACACCGGGGUGCUGGGCCGAAACUGUUGGAGGAAUGCGAGACGCUCGACGGAUGUGAAACGGGCAACGCAAAGAUUACAGACGCAUACGAGCUGCCAAGUAAGAAGGUCAUUCAUGCCGUCGGCCCCAUAUACUGGAAGGAGAAAUCGCACUCAGGAGAGUUGCUCUCAGGCUGCUACAGAAAGAGUCUUCAGUUGGCUGCCGAAAACGGCUGCAAGAGCAUUGCCUUCGCCGCCAUUAGCACUGGCGUUUAUGGGUACCCUAGUCACGAAGCCUGCGCAGUUGCGCUCAAGACUGUGCGCGAGUUUUUGGUCGAUGCAGACAACGCAGACAAGCUCGACCGCGUCAUUUUCUGCAACUUCCUUCAAAAGGACGAAGAUGCGUACUUCCAGCAGGUUGCCGACUACUUCCCGCCUGUGUCCGAGUCAGCGUCAGAAGCCCAAGCAGAGCAGGCUACUGAACCUUCUGAACUUGUCUCGAAGCUACCAGAUGCACCGACUUCGGAGCCCAAAGACUCUGCGGCCAUUUCUCCGCCGUCGCCCCAGCAACCAAAAGUUGAUGAUACGGAAGACGAUUUCGUGGUAGUGAGUAAGGACGACAUCAAGGAAGAUGUUUCCAAGCCGGAGUUGUAGAUCAGUCGACUACCCAGCCUUGACGGGUAUUCCCUGGUUUUCUAUUACCCAACAUCGCGGCCAUGAGCAAUAAAUUGUUGCUGUAAUGGGCGUUUUUUGUUUUGGCGCACGAGGCAUAUACCCUGGACAUGAAUGAUCAAAUAGUAACCUGUUUACGGAUUGACGCCUCACUUAGGCUUGUUUUGUUCAUUCCUGGUCCUUGUAUUACAUAGCAAUUAAGAUUUGAC